AUGGAUAACUUCUACUUUAAUGAUAUGGUUAUCUCCAGUGCAUUUGGCUUUCCUGAUUUAUUUAUUACGUUUACGUGCAACCCGAACUGGCCUGAAAUAACACGACUACUGUCCAAGGAAAAUUUAAAGCCACACGACAGACCUGGUAUUAUUGUCAAGGUAUUUAAGAUCAAAUUUGAUGAACUUAUGGUAGACCUGACCAAACGGCAUAUGCUUGGUAAAGUUUCGACAUACAUGUUACAAUUGAAUUCCAGAAAAGGGGCUUGCCACAUGCACACAUUCUUAUUUUCUUACACCCACAGAGUAAGUAUCCUACACCGUGAGACAUUGACAACAUCAUCUCUGCAGAAAUCCCUGAUCCUGUUCUGUAUCCGAGGUUAUAUCAAUUAG